AUGGCAUUGUUGUGGGGUGAUAGCAAGUGUCCUUUGGCAUCUACCGGUAAAAUGCAGGGUACUUCAGAUGGUGACGAAGAGAAUCCAAACGGCAGCUCUUCGAGCAAAAGACGGAGACGGAAUCGGCAGCCAGCUGGUGAGGAUGCUGCUCCAACUCUACCUGCUCCUGAUCAAGCCAAUGCCAAUGCCAAUGCCAAUGCUACGCCCUUUUCAUUUUUGACUCCUGCCACCACCAACAAGAAGGCAGCCCAAGAAUCCCGUGAACUGGACAAGGCAGAAGCGUUGGCUCUGCAAUGCAACCAGCUCAAGUUGCAGUUCCAAGAUGCUCCUUCGGUCAUGCAGGUUACAUGCUCCAAGGUGAACGGUAUCAUGGACAAGGUCGAUGCCAGAUUGAAGGAUUCUACGGAGGUCAAUUGUGAAACGGUUCGACGUGACGGCAGCGGUUGUCGAGCAGAAAGAGUAUGGCAGAAUUUGAAGGACUCGAAGUCUUUCUUGGAAGCAGCUUUGGAGAUGGUCGAAGCUCUGCACGAUAAAGAGGCUUCACCAGAGACAAUGACUAUGAAGGUGCAAACACUCAAGUCUAUGGGAGUGUCACUGCCCGUGGUUGUCCAAUCUUCAAUCUUGAGUCGUCGCGCUGAGUCUAUGCUUGAGAGUGGCAAGGUAGCGGAAAUCUUUGAGAUGCCUCACUACAAGAAUGGUCAAAGCACCAAUGAUUCUGAUGCUGGGAUCAACGCCGUUGUUCCAAGCAAAGAGAACGAGGAGACGCGAAACAAGAUCAUCAGUGACUUUCAAGCCGCAUGCGUGACGCGCCUGAUCAACACCAUCUUCCUGAAGCAGUUCAAGGUGGAGUCUGGGUCCACAGAUGACGGCGCCGCCAGGAAGAAAUUCAUGGACGAGAUGCUUGAGAAGCUGCUGUCGUUGGUGAAGGCUUUCCAGAACUCAGUCAUUUUUGAUACUGCAGCUCCAAAGAAAUCAACGUUCAGAGAUGAUGUCUUGCACAUCACACUUUUGUGCGAUUCCAUUUCAAGCCCGUCAUCACUCAAUGAUCAGAUGGUCGAGAAGCUUGAAGCAGCAAAGCAGAAUCUUCUGAAGCCAAAGGGCUCGUUCCAAUCCGGUAUGACCAUCUAUCCUACGGGCUCGUAUCUCUCGGAGCAGGUCGCCCAAGUGAUUGGGCAAUUUCAGCAGGAUCAGAUGUUGAGGAGUGACAUGCAGUCGGCAGACGAAACAGCUGCUAUUUGGAAAACCGAAACCAUUACAAAGGACUUGAUCUUGAAGUCAAAGGACGAUGACCAUGAGUUCUGCAUACCCAUGCAGAGCAAAUUCUACGACAUGGUUGCCAAGCUUCAGCUUUACAAGGAGUCUGCUUCAGAUAGGCUGAAGGCUACAGACAAGAGCCUUGAGGUCGUCAACAGGAUUGAUGGUCUUGUGGAUCAAAUGCAAAGUGCAGUGACUGCAGCAGUGGCCUUCAAGUACACACAGAAGUUCCCCAAGCUGCUCGAGUCAUUUGCUUCCUUGGCCGACGGUAAGAUGGAUGAAGAGAAUGCGGCGAACUUCAUCCAAACCUUGAAUGGAGUGGUGACAUAUCAGCCUUUGCGCAAGGUGGCGUUGGCAAAGCUUUUGGGGAAGGACGGGGCAUCUCCUCUUGAGAAAGAGACUGCGUCGAUUGGGAGGUUGAUAGCGUGCAUCAAAGAUGCUCUACUCAAGCUUCGCCUGUUGCAUGGUCCUUCAAUCUCAGAAAGCCUCUUGAUGGACGAGCACAUCAAGAGCCUCUUUGCAAGUAUUCAUGAUGAUGAUUUGGUGAAUGCCUUCAAGAAGAUCGUGCCCACUUGGUCUGAGAUCAUUGAACGAGUGGAUGGACUCAUUCAAGGGGCAGAGGCUGAGUUCGACUACUCGAAGCUCUGCGUCGCGUACGUGUCCCACACGCCUGAGAGCACCAUUGAGCUUCCCAAGGUCGAGGACGGGGAAAAGACUGUGCGAGUUCAUUUGUCCUUCCUCGCAGUGGCUGGCUGUCUUCUACACCUUUCCAAAGUCAUGCUGGCGAUCAAGGGAACAUUGGAAGAAGCUGAUCAGCUUGGGGCCAUCAGCGAGCCCAUCACCAAAGAGCGCAAGGGCAUAAAGGAGAACGGACAAAUUGUCACCAACAAAAUGGAUGUUUUUGUGAAGCUGUGCCCGUUCUUUGCUCAAAUGGAGAAGAUGGUCAUGACUUACCAGGACUUGGUUUCCAAAGUCCGCAAUGACACGCCUUUCUUGGAGCAGGAGAAGGACUUCUACACGAGUGCUGCCAAGACUUUUAGAAAGUUCCUGUUACAAGGCCUCCGGGACAGCAGCAAUGAGCUUUCGAACAUUGGCAAUGCCUUGUCCACACUCUUUGCUGAAGUUGAUGGUGCGCACAAGAUCCUGAAUCUUUUUCAAUCAGAUCCACUAGACCGUGAUCGUGUCGCAGAUUUGGUGAAAGAUGACCGUGUGAAGCUCAUGCUGUUGAUGGGAACCAAAGCCAGUGCGUUCUCAAAACAGUUGAAAGAGCUUGUGACCGCCAUGACGUCUUUGCCAAAGGGAUCAUUGCUCACAGAGACUUUGCAGAAAAUGGUCACUGCUGCUGCAGACGAUCUGACCAAAUUCAGUGGUGCUCAGAAUCCUCAGCGCAUGGUGGAAGAGAAGGAGAUGGUGACGUUGGGAAAUUUUUCGUGGUUUCAAUCCUCCAUGACCUUAGCGCAGUGCCUCACCCGGAAUUUAUACCCAGGUGAAACCCGAGUAGGCCUGGCGUCCAAAUGCCUGGUCCUUCUUCAGAAGAAAGGCGUGCAAAGUGAAGGAGCCUUACAGCGCCGCGUUGCGGCACUCAAAGCCGGCAAAUGA